AUGGCGCGAGGCGUGGCGUCGCGGGUGGUGCAACAGGCAGUGGAGCCGCGGCCGACGACGCUGGAGCUGGGCGUGGGCAUGGUGGUGGUGGCCGUGCUCGCCAAGCUCGCCAUGAUUUACGACGAGUCGAAGGAGACAGAGAGAGUGGCGCGGCGGGCACGGCGGUUUGCGGAGGAGCAGGAGGAACUGGAGGCGCUGAGUCGGGAGGAGUGGGAUGCGGUGAAGGCAGCGCGGCCUCAGACGACCUAUGAGAGCGCCUUGACUCGCUCAGGGGCACGCAUCCGCACGGGAUCAUGGCCGUCCAUGGUGGGUGGGGUUUGA